AUGGAUUUUGAAUUUCGUGCACAACAAGAUCAAGUUCGACGUUCAGUUGAAGAGUUGUUCGACUUUCAGGGUCGAAUGAUUGGUCGUGGAACAUAUGGGAAAGUCUUUAAAGCAAAACGAAAGGACGGAUCUGACAUGUCGGAUUAUGCAUUGAAACAGAUCGAUGCAACUGGACAAUCAAUGUCGAAUAGUGCCAUACGAGAAAUCGCUUUACUUCGAGAACUUAAUCACAUUAAUCUUAUCAGUUUGCAACGUGUUUUUUUAUCCCAUGUCGAUCGUCGUGUUUCAUUACUGUUCGAUUUUGCUGAACACGAUCUUUGGCAUAUAAUUAAAUAUCAUCGAGCAGCCAAAGCAUCAAAAAAGACAGUUAAUUGCGCACCGGGUAUGAUGAAAUCUAUUCUUUAUCAAAUACUUGCGGGUAUACAUUAUUUACAUUCCAAUUGGGUCUUACAUCGAGAUUUAAAACCAGCUAAUAUUUUAUUGAUGGGCGAUGGUGCGGAACGUGGACGAGUCAAGAUUGGUGAUAUGGGAUUUGCGCGAUUAUUCACUUCACCACUUGUGCCUCUGAGUAAAAUUGAUCCAGUCGUUGUGACACUGUGGUAUCGAUCACCGGAGCUUCUUCUCGGUAGUCACCAUCAUACGAAAGCAAUAGAUCUUUGGGCCAUAGGAUGCAUUUUAUACGAACUACUGACACUCGAACCUCUAUUUCAUUGUAAACAGGACGAUAUUAAAGCUUCAUCGCCAUUCAAUCGUGAUGCACUGGAAAAAAUCUUUCAGGUGGUUGGUUAUCCAACAGAUAGUGAUUGGCCUGGUUUGAAACAAAUGCCUGAAUAUCCUAGAUUGAGCAAAGAAGGUUUUCGAGCAAUUCAUUAUGGUCAUUGUAGUAUCGAACAAUGGAUGAAGAAAGUCUUUCCUAAUGGACACCCAAGUUUCUCGUUAGAACUCAUGAAGCGUUUUUUAACAUUUGAUCCUAACAAACGUAUAACAGCAGAACAAGCGCUCUGUGAUCCUUUCUUCAAACAACAACCAUUACCACAUCAAGAUGCGUUCUAUGGAAUGGAAAUUCCAUACGGAAAACGAGAGUUCAUCAUUGAAGAUGAGGAACAGCAACAACAGCAGCAGCAGCAGCAGCAGCAACAGCAACAGCAACAACAACCAGCUAUUCAACCUCCCCACCCACCUCCUGUCGAAGAACCAUCAAUUCAAAUAAAACAGGAAAAUUGUCACGCAUCUGCUCGUAAAAUGAUUGUAGUUCAAGAACAGCAUGCACAUGUGCAUCUUCUUGCGAUGCAAGAAAAUCACGAACCUGUUGCAAAACGGCUUAAAACCCAAGAAGCACCGUCUUUCUACGCCCAAAAACCACUAGUAUCAUCCCAAAUGCUCACUCUUCAUCAACAUCUUCGACGAUAG